ACGUGUAGCUCUGGCUUUAGCUGGAUUAGCAUUAGCAGCACAUAGCUAGGCGGAGGCGCAACAAGCUUCCCGACAGAAAUAAGUACUCCGUCGUGAUUCCCCCUCCCCACUUCAGACGUAGCCAGACUUCCUGAAGUGGUCUAUCCGUGGAGUAACAAUAAAACUGGACGUCUCGUAAAAAUUGCGGUGAUGGUGAGGUCUUGUGUGCAGCCUGCACCACGUGUGUGGAGAUGAUUUUAAAAGACGCUGGUCAGGAGGAUUCAGGAACACUGCUUUGGCCUGGAGAAGCCUCUUAAACACACACAACGCUCCCCAACACAAAAGGAUUAAAAACAACGUGACAAAGGACACUGACACUUGGAAGUAACGCAAACGUCUGGAGGAUACAAACACUUGGACCCUUCUGGUUGACCUUCAAACUUACCGCACUACUAGUGCAGUCUUUUUUUCCUUCCUGUCUGUCCCAUCUUCAUCAACACCGCCACCAUGCCGAGCACAAUCCGCCGGCAGAUGAAAAACGUGGUUAACAACUACUCUGACGCGGAGAAGAAAGUCAGGGAGGCCACGUCCAACGACCCCUGGGGCCCUUCGUCCUCACUCAUGUCGGAGAUCGCAGACCUCACCUACAACGUGGUGGCCUUCAGUGAAAUCAUGAACAUGAUCUGGAAACGGCUCAACGACCACGGGAAGAACUGGCGUCACGUCUACAAAGCCCUCACCCUGCUCGACUACCUGAUUAAGACAGGCUCGGAGAGAGUGGCGCUGCAGUGCAAGGAGAACAUCUUUGCCAUCCAGACAUUGAAGGACUUCCAGUACGUCGACAGAGACGGCAAAGACCAGGGCAUCAACGUCAGGGAGAAGAGCAAGCAGCUAGUGGUCCUGCUCAAAGACGAGGAUCGCCUUAAAGGAGAGAGGUCUCAGGCUUUGAAGACUAAGGAGCGAAUGGCCCAGGUGUCCACGGGAAGCAGCAGUCAAGCAGGUUUUGGUCGAGGCUCAUCCCAGCCCAACCUCUCGACAUCCUACAGCGAGGAGUACGGCAGAUCAGAGGGCUCACCUGCCUCCUACCACGGCUCUACUUCCCCAAACGCGGGUUCAGAGCUGGAGCAGGCUAGACCUCAGACCAGUGGAGAGGAGGAACUCCAGCUACAACUUGCCUUAGCCAUGAGCAGAGAAGCUGCAGAACAGGAGGAGCGUCUACGUAGAGGAGAUGACCUGAGACUACAGAUGGCCUUGGAGGAAAGUAAGAAAGAAGGUCCAGACUCGGCAAAACUCCCCAAAAAGAAGAAAGAGCCACAGUCAUCUUUAAUGGAUCUAAUGGAUGUUCCUGAGCCAAGUCCCAGGGCUGACCCGUGGGGAAUGGGGGGUGGAGCUGCGUCUAGGGCUGGGGCCGGAGCUGCAGCUUCAGCAGCUGACCCAUGGCAUCCUUAUGGGUCUGCCCCCAAGCCAGCAGUACCCUCCGAUCCAUGGGGCACUCCUCCUUCUGUCCCCUCCAUGAGGAGCGCAGACCCAUGGGUGUCAAACUCCACUCCUGCCUCUGAUCCCUGGGGCUCUGCAGCUGCCCGCCCCAAGACCUCCAACACAAGUAGCUUUGACCUGUUCAGUACGUCCAAUGGUACAUCCAAAGAAGACUUCUCAGAGUUUGACAGCCUGCGCUCUUCCUCUGUCCCCACUGUGGAUGGAGGCGUAGCAUCCUCUGUCCCCUCACAAGUCAGUCUUACCAGUAGCAGCAGCCUGGACUUCUUUGACCCCAUGCCCACCUCAACAUCUCCCAUCACCACAAAUCCAAUUAGAAAGACUCCAGAGUCAUUCCUGGGACCCAAUGCUGCCCUGGUCAAUUUGGACUCUCUGGUGUCCAAACCAGCCCAGCCGGCACCAGCUGUUAACCCAUUCUUGGCUUCCACAGGCGGUUCUGCUCCAGCUUCCCAUGUCAACCCAUUCCAAGUCAGCCAGCCGGUUCCCCCCACACUCAACCAGAUGCGUGUCAGCCCGAUGCCCUCUGGCUUUGGUGGCAUGGCAGAGCCCGUCUCCUCGGCUCCGCCCCCCACCAUGGUCCCCCUGCCAGGGAUGGCUCCCAUGGGUCGCGGGAUGCCAGGAAUGGGUGCUGGCGCUGUGGGAGGAACGGGCACAGGGAUGAGUCCUGGGAUUCCAGCCUCCAUGUCCAUGCCCCAGCCGCUGAUGAGCAUGCCCCCCCAGGCGGGGACACAUCCUGCUGGAACCACCAAUCCCUUUCUUUUGUGAGAGGGUGACACGAAGCGUGAAGCCCCGCCCCGACCUUUGUCUCCAUCAUGCUCCUCAACAAGCUUCAACAUGGACGAGGAGAUAUUUUAUCCCAUAUAUCCAUAUAUAAGCCACUCCUAACCAGGUGCAGCCUGGACUGCUACUAACCCCCCCCCCCCCCACACACACACACACACUUCCUGACCCUUCCCAUCUGAAGCUACACGCUGCCUAGACGACCCUAAAACUAUCGGGUACAGACCCUGUAACUACAAACUUUCAGAGUCACAGUGGGGUUCAGUUUUUCCACAGAGGCAGAACAGAACCCCCCCCCCCCCCCCCCCCCCCCCCACCCCCACCCCCAC